UAUACAAGAGAGGGCGAAGCCCGCCAAAGAGCAGGCAACAACAACAGCAACAAAAACCCAGGAAAGUCAAAAUGGCCCAACACCAAUUUAUUAAAGCCGAAAUGAAAAAGAUGGCUUUCAUCAUCCAUCUUCCUAAUGCCGUCGACCUGGUCAUAAGCGUUUUUUUUCUUCUCAGGGCCAUCACAUUCAAGCAAGCUGCAUGCAACUAGGAACUUCUGUUCGUUUGCCUAGAGAACUGAAGGAAAAGAAAGGAAACUGAAAUCGGGAGUAUUGGUUUUUUUCAUUCAUUGGAACCAGGGAAGGCAAAGGCUUCAUUCUCUUCUUUUACUUGAGGGAGAGGAUUUGGAUGCUACAGUGGUUUAAAGGUUUUGGAUAGCAAGAGAUGUUUGAUAAUUCUGGUUACUUUUGCAUUCAAUCAAGAGUUUGGAUGAUUGAAGCCGUUCUGUUAGUGUGGUUAUGUUGGUCUUCAUCAUUCAUCGGAGCAAAGGCUACGGUUACCGACCCUGUCGAAGUGACAGCAUUGCGGGCAAUCAAGGAAAGUUUGGAAGAUCCCAUGAAUAAUUUGACUAAUUGGAAUCGAGGUGAUCCAUGUACAUCGAAGUGGACAGGGGUUUUGUGCUUCAAUACAACAAUGAAUGAUAGCUAUCUUCAUGUUAAAGAAUUGCAAUUACUGAAUAUGAAUCUGUCGGGAACUCUGUCGCCGGAGCUUGGCCGCUUAUCUUAUAUGCAAAUAUUGGAUUUUAUGUGGAACAACAUAACUGGGAGCAUUCCAAAGGAGAUAGGAAACAUUACAACUUUAGAACUCUUGCUCCUGAAUGGCAACAAUUUAACAGGUUCUUUACCAGAAGAGCUCGGUAAUCUUCCGAACUUGGACAGAAUACAGAUUGACCAGAACCAAAUAUCAGGACCAAUUCCUAGAUCUUUUGCGAACUUGAAUAAAACAAAGCACUUUCACAUGAACAACAAUUCAAUUAGUGGGGAAAUUCCAUCCGAGCUCUCCAGAUUGCCAGAACUUGUUCACUUUCUGCUUGACAAUAACAACCUAUCAGGAUAUCUUCCACCAGAAUUCUCUGAAAUGCCAAAGUUACUUAUAGUUCAGCUCGACAACAACCACUUCAACGGGAGUAUUCCAGCUUCUUACAGCAACAUGUCUAAAUUGUUGAAGUUGAGCCUCAGAAACUGCAGCUUGCAAGGAGAAAUUCCCAACUUGAGCAAGAUACCAAAUCUUGGUUAUUUAGACCUCAGUUCGAACCAGCUUAAUGGAACCAUACCUCCUGGUAGAUUUUCUGGGAAUAUUACAACAAUAGAUUUAUCUAACAACAAUCUUACUGGAACAAUUCCUGCAAACUUUUCGGGUCUUCCUCGUCUACAAAAAUUGUCACUGGAAAACAAUUCAUUGAGUGGUACUGUUUCAUCCAGUAUUUGGCAAAACAGGACUUCGAAUGGAAAUGAGACAUAUGUUGUGGAUUUUCAGAAUAAUGAUCUUUCAAAUAUUUCAGGCACUCUUAACCUUCCUCUCAAUGUCACCGUCAGGCUUUAUGGGAAUCCCUUGUGCACAAACGAGAGCCUAGUUCAGUUCUGUGGAUCUCAAAGUGAGGAGGAAAAUGACACGCUUAACCCAGUAAACUCCACUGUUGAUUGUACCGCCGUACGUUGCCCACUGUAUUAUGAAAUUUCCCCAACAUCUCUCGAGAUUUGUUUAUGUGCUGCACCUCUUCUUGUUGGAUAUCGAUUGAAAAGUCCUGGAUUUUCUAAUUUUCUCGCAUACCAGAAUAUGUUUGAGGACUACCUUACCAGUGGUCUCAGCUUGAAUCUUGAUCAGCUGAAGAUUGAUUCAGUAGCAUGGGAAAAAGGCCCUCGAUUGAGAAUGUACUUUAAACUUUUCCCUGAGGAUGUGAACAAUUCCUCCGAGUUCAAUAGCAGUGAGGUUCUACGAAUCAGGGGCAUGUUCACAGGAUGGAACAUUCCAGAUAGUGACGUAUUUGGACCUUAUGAACUGAUCAACUUCACGCUUACGGAGAUUUAUAAUGAUGUGAUUGGCAGCUCUUCAUCAUCUGGUAUAAGCACGGGGGCACUGGUUGGCAUUGUCCUGGGGACCAUUGCAGUUGCAGUUACAUUAUCUGCAAUUUUUUUUCUUCUUAUCUUGAAAAACCGUUUGAAGAAAUACCAUACAAUUUCAAGAAGACGUAAAUCUACCAGGAUCUCUAUCAAAAUUGAUGGUGUGAAAGACUUCACUUAUGGAGAAAUGGCGCUGGCUACGAACAAUUUUAAUGACUCUGCUGAAGUUGGCCAAGGAGGGUAUGGAAAGGUCUAUAAAGGUAUUCUAGCUGAUGGUACAGUUGUGGCAAUAAAACGUGCACAAGAGGGAUCACUGCAAGGUCAGAAGGAGUUCUUUACAGAAAUAGAGUUAUUAUCAAGGGUACAUCACCGGAACCUUGUGUCAUUGAUUGGAUAUUGUGAUGAAGAAGGUGAACAGAUGUUGGUUUAUGAGUUCAUGCCUAAUGGCACAUUGAGGGAUCACCUUUCUGCUGCUAAAUCUAAAGAACCUCUGAGUUUUGCAAUGAGAUUGAGCAUUGCAUUGGGUUCAUCCAAGGGCAUCCUUUACCUACAUACUGAAGCCAACCCUCCAAUAUUCCACCGAGAUGUCAAGGCAAGCAACAUAUUGUUGGACUCUAAAUUUAUUGCAAAGGUUGCGGAUUUUGGACUUUCAAGACUUGCCCCAGUUCCAGAUCUUGAAGGAAGUACACCAGCUCAUGUAUCUACAGUUGUAAAAGGAACUCCGGGAUACCUUGAUCCAGAAUACUUCUUGACUCAUAAGCUCACUGACAAGAGUGACGUUUAUAGCCUUGGUGUUGUAUUCCUAGAGCUCCUGACAGGGAUGCAUCCAAUCUCACAUGGCAAGAAUAUUGUUCGAGAGGUCAAUGUUUCAUAUCAAUCUGGUAUGAUCUUUUCGGUCAUUGACAAUCGAAUGGGAUCUUACCCUUCUGAAUGUGUGGAGAAGUUUGUGAAACUGGCCCUCAAGUGUUGCCAGGAAGAUACAGAUGCUCGGCCUUCAAUGGCACAGGUGGUACGCGAGCUUGAAAACAUAUGGCUUAUGAUGCCAGAGUCGGAUACCAAAACAACAGAAUCCUUGAUCACUGAGCCUGGAAAGCUAGUAUCUCCACCAUCUUCAUCCACCCCGACCAAAAACCCUUAUGUUUCAUCAGAUAUCUCUGGCAGCGAGCUUGUUAGUGGAGUCGUUCCCACCAUUGCCCCAAGAUGAAGGAAUUUUGGAAACAGAAAAAUGGUAUAGACAGACUUUUGAAGUUGCUUGUAUUGAAUACUAGGAAAUCUGAACUGGGUAACAUUACUUGUUUAGCUUCCUCAUUCCCAACUAGUUUGAUUUGUAGAAACAAUCUUGUAUGCUAUGGGGCCUAUGGCUACUUUUGUAAAAAUAUUGCUAAGAAUACCAAUACACUACAGACUUAUCAGGUGUAGCUUAUUCACAUC